AUGGCUGAUCAACUGACUGAAGAACAGAUUGCUGAAUUCAAGGAAGCUUUCUCCCUAUUUGACAAAGAUGGCGAUGGGACCAUCACCACAAAGGAACUUGGCACCGUCAUGAGGUCGCUGGGUCAGAACCCAACAGAAGCCGAAUUGCAGGAUAUGAUCAAUGAAGUGGAUGCUGAUGGCAAUGGCACCAUUGACUUCCCAGAGUUUUUGACUAUGAUGGCCAGAAAAAUGAAAGACACAGACAGCGAAGAAGAAAUCCGCGAGGCAUUCCGAGUCUUUGACAAGGAUGGCAACGGGUACAUCAGUGCGGCAGAGCUACGUCACGUCAUGACAAACUUAGGAGAAAAACUAACAGACGAAGAAGUAGAUGAAAUGAUCAGAGAAGCAGAUAUCGAUGGAGACGGACAAGUCAACUAUGAAGAAUUCGUACAGAUGAUGACUGCAAAAUGA